AUGUUCAUCCUCUUUAACGCCGCCUACCUGGUGGCCAUCAUCUGUAUCACCCUGACCUGGACACACAAAUUGCUCUCUCGUUCCUCAUGGAGUAUCCGGGAUCAAAAGACCGGGAAACGUACCCAGGGAAUAACUGUUCCAGUUCCAAGUUCUGUUCCAGCUCCAACUCCAGCUCCAGUGCGAGAGAAGCCGAAAUAUCGAAUCACUAUGGGCCUCAAGAGAAUGGACAAGGCUGGCUGGCUUGUCGUUGAUGAUACCUAUACCGCUAGGCAUGAAGUUCGAGCAAGCCUGUUUAACACCCGGAACCGAGAGGUCUCACAGUGCCUCCCUGAAGCAAAAGGUGCAUGCAGUGAGGCCCUGAAGGAGGUGUCCUCCUUCCUGUGCAAGACACACCCUGGUAUGUUUGAGCUCAAAGAGUCAACAUCCGGCACUGUCGUAAGAAAUAAACGUAUGGGAGAAGAGUUCCCCCUUGAGAACGGCAGUAUUCCGCCUCUGGAAGCAGCCGCUAGGUUGGCCAUGGAAGACAUGACCAUCCUCCUUAAGAACGACAACGGUGACCACUAUGUGGCUGCAACGUCCAGUGCAUUCCUUAUUGGCUGGUCUGCCAAUACACGCAUGGGAUCAACGCUGAACGAGAUGCAUGCACCCGUACCGCAGUGGGCUCGACAGAUUGCCUUUUCCGUGAACAAGUUCAUGGCCCGGCUAACCCCUGAAUCACCCAUGGAACGCUCCAGCUACUUCAUCCAGGUCAUCCAGCCAGACGAGCCAUGGGAAUCUAUCCUCUUCCAACCCGAAGGCCUGCUGCAGGACCAUACCAAGCCCACCCCUGAGCGUGUCCUCAUCCGUCGUGAGAGGCAAACCUUCUCUCGUCUCCCCGUAUCCAAUGGUAUCCUCUUCACGGUCAAAACAACGGUCUCGUUCCUGCAGGAUCUGCCCCUUGCCGAGCUUCAACUGCUGGCCAAGGACUUCGAGAGCUGGCCGGAAGACAUGGCAGCGUACAAAGGUCGUUCUCAUUGGGGAGAAACAAUCCUGAGCUUCUGCCAGGCAAAGGAAGCUAUGACGUAGCUUGCUGACAAAGCAGGCAU